AUGACAUCAGUAGCAGCUCAAGAACUAUCUUCGGCAGUAAUAGAAGAUCCAGCAACUUCAUGUCUGCCUCAAGAGCUCCAGCCUCACCAAUCACCUUCAGAUACAGCCACUGUGACGGCCUCGCAGACACAGGAUGACCGUCCAUCAUCCUCGGUGUUUUCGAGAAAUGAAGAAGCCCCUGUACAUAAUGUACCUAUGAGAGUCAUACAGAGACCGCUCCCAAGCGAAUUAGAUGAGAACAAGGUACUGACUUUUAUGGAGGAGAUGAAGCGAGGAGAUUCGUUCACUCCAAUAGAGAUAAUCAAAGUUAAAUCCGCUCUCAAAGUGAAUCCCACGGGACCCAAGGAAGCUUUCUAUUUCGCUAUGGGAGGAUGUCAUAGAUUUGAAGCUACAAAGAGACUAGGCUGGGAGACUAUAAGAGCAAGAAUUAUAGAAGUUCCAGCUAAACAAAUGAGGGUUUACUUAGGUGCCGGUUCACCUUUUUAG